ACUGCGCACAGGCGCUCGUGUGUGCAAAGCACAGCGAACGCAAAGGAGCAGCAUGAAGUUACUGUUAUUUUCUUCAAAAUACUAUAACUUAGUGUAGUUAUGGUUAUAAUUUUUAAGGGGUAAAUAGUUUAUACUUUCAGUUUUUAAAAUAUAUCUAUUGCAUUUUACCAAAAGGCGAAAUGUCUCAGCAAAAAGGCAUUGUCAGUAAAGAUUUUGUACCGGGUCUGGAUGAUACUGCAGAAUUAUACGACCCACAUAUCAUGCAGGCCUAUGAAAAGAUGAUGGAUAUAUUAAAGGCACAAGCUACUGGAUUUAAUCCUUUGCAAAGUGGAUUUUUUGAUUUAGAUUUUCCCAAUGAAUACUACAUCGAUGAUGAUGACUAUAUUGACGAUGUCAUCGAUUAUGAAGACCCGAGUGAAAGGAAAGCAUAUUGUGGAUUCUCUCGGAAUUUUCUUGACCAGACCUUGGUGAAAACCAGGAGCCCUCACCUGCCUUGUCCACCCCACCUUCCGUAUGUGCCUUACUCACCAGGAUUUAGAAUAAUUAGGCCUACAGCUGAGGAAGCUGAGAGGAAUGCCCAGGAACUAUUAGAAGAAGAAGAACGAAAUAAAGAAAAGGCUGAGAAGAAAAGGCUUAAAAAAAUGAAACAGAAAGAAAGAAAACGACAAGAAAAAUGUAAAAAAGAAAAUGUCAUUAAAAAUAAAGAUGUAAAGUUACAGAAGAGUGAAGCCCCGCCCAUAGAGAAUCAGGACAACAGUAAGGACCCCAGUGAGGAAGAGGAGAGCGAAGCGGAGAGCAUUCCUAGCCAACCAGAGGAGCUGGACAUGACCAGCUGCUUUGUUUCCAAAGCUGCCUUCAUUGCAAAACGUAAACUAGAGCUCAGAAGUAAACCGGAGAAAAAAGAGAAGAAGAAAUCUACUGUGGAUCAGUCAAAGGAGAAGCCCAAAGUGGCACAGGAGGACCAGCUGCAGAAUGGUGCUGUGCGUAAGGUUGAGGAUGCUAUUCUGAAGAGCAUUGAGCUGGCUGUUAUCGGUAAUAAGUUGGCAAGCACUGGAUGUUUUGAACUGGCCGUGCGGUAUUUUACGGACGCAAUCAAGUGCAACCCUAAAGAAUUUCGGCUGUUUGGAAAUCGUUCCUUCUGUUAUGAAAAGAUGCAGAUGUAUGAUAAGUCAUUAACAGAUGCUGAGAUUUCGCUCUCCAUGUGCCCUAACUGGAUCAAAGGCCUAUACAGGAAAGGGAGGGCACUGGCUGGCUUGAAGAGAUACCGUGAGGCUGCCACAGCAUUUAGAGAGUUGUUAAAAGUUGACAGUACCUGCAUAGAUGCUGCCCAGGAGCUGAUGGCGGUGCAGAUCAUACAGCUCAUGGACCUGGGACUUACCAGAGAACAAAGCUCAAAUGCGUUAAUAAUCCAUGGGACAGUGGAGAAAGCCCUGGAAGCUCUGUCUAAUAUUCCGGAUAUGAAGCUCCUCGGUCACAGUCUCCCUGCUGUUAGUGCCAGCCAGUCAGCAGCUAUGGAGAAGAAGGACCCACCCAAACCCAGCACCCUCAUGAAGUCCAGCCCCCCAAAAACUGAACCACAACUAGUGCUGUACCCUGUCUGGGUGGGAAAUCUGGCUCCUACUAUUUCGGAGAAGAUGAUUCGCAACAUAUUCAGCGCUGCUGGAGAAAUAUACAGUUUUAAAGUGUUGCGGGCCAGACGAUGUGCCUUUAUCAACUACACCAGGGACGAGUAUUGCCAGAAGGCCAUCACUGACAUACAUGGAAUGGAGGUGGAGGGGGCCAAUCUCAUAGUGCGCUACCCCGACCGCCUGCACACGCACCUGGGAAUGUCGCGGUCCGCCCACCAGGCCGCCGAGCCGCCCAAGACCGCACAAAAGUCAACAGGGGAGUGUUUCUUCUGGAGGAACAACGGGUGCGUUAAAAAGAACUGCAUCUACAGGCAUGUCCCGGAGCAUAAGGGCAUCGACAAGAGGAAGGGUCAAACUUCAGCCCCCUGUCUUUCCCCACCCCAUCCCACCACAGGAGAUUCUGAAUAACCACUCCGUAUUCACCUGCGCACUGGCGCCUCCUCCUGGCUCCGAUAGAUCAUGGUUCCCCUGUACCAAGGACCGCAGAAAUGAAAGGAUGGGUCAGACGGCUACUGGAAGAAUGUCUGGUAUUUAAAUUGUCGCUUUGUUUUUUUUUUUUUAAGAUAAAUUUGGUGGCCAACGUGGGACUGAGCAUGUCCAGUUCCCGCCACAAUUUGGCCAAUGGUCUGCAGCCCCAGACAUAUUCUUGCGUGAACCCUACUGCCAGUUUGGGCUGUAGACUACCACAGUUCUCUGAAAAACUUGUGGCCAGCUGCUUCUUUUCACACCAUAGGUCACAGCUAAGCUCGCAUAGGGAGAAGUCGGAUGAAGACCUUGCGUUUGCGGCUUUAGCGUGCACUAAGUCACUAAGUAGCGAUGAACGCAGACCCCUAACCGUCGGAAAUCCCCAACAUCCUGGGCGAUGCAGUCGGCCAGUGAGCACUGGCAUGGUCCGGAUUUGAUUUCUUCUACAGAGAUCUCCAGCUUUCUAGCCCAUUCUUUCAUUAUAGUUCCUGUGGUGUAUUAUUUUUAAGUGCUGUGUCCUGCCAACACCUCUGAAUGCAGAAAUUCCAGUAGUUGUAAUGUUGCAUUACAAAAUUAAUCCAUGGUUACACAGACCGCAAGCAGAUAAAGCAACAGUCUCCUUUGGAGUAGGAUUUUACUUAUUUGAUUUAAUAGUAUUUUGGUUGAAUAAGCAUAUAAGCAAUAAGUAUUAAGUUUAUCCUACCACAGAAAUGCUUUACAUAGGCAUGGUAUUUUAUGAACAGAGUAUUGAAAUCUAUGCGUGUUGUUUCAGUUGCUGGAUGCCAUAACUUUGAAUUCAUUUUCAAAACUCAGCAUAGUCACCUCACCUUCUGAGCAUAAGAAUGCCAGUGCAAGAAAAACAAAUAAGCUUUAAGGUUAGUUCAAGGAUUUGAAGGGAAAUUAUUUAAGAAGUGUCCCUAUUUAAAAAAAAAAAAACUAGUGUGAAAUUGGAGCAGUUUAUGGUACCUUUUAGCUUUUUAAAAAACAUUUUCAUGAAAAAUGCCAAAUUGCUUUAUCUUAGUAAAUUAGUAGUUUUACAAACAAAAAAAAAUGAAAUGUAUGUUUCCACUUACCCGGAAUACUAUCUAUCUAUCCAGAUAGUUUCACUGAGAUUUGGCAAGUUUUCUAGAUAUCUGCUGCAGCUCACCCUGAUACAAUGGACCUCAAUUUUUGUUCAUGCAAACCCAAGCAAGCCAGAAUUCUGGGGCAGAGUGUCAACAAUGUUAAAACAGAUAUGGCAUCUUUUUGUUGGCCAGCCUGGAAGUUUCUUCCAUCAUGGAUUUCCUCGGCAGAUUUGAAAUGUAAUUAAUUUCGUAGAGCAAAAACCGCAAAACUCCCUUUGGCUUAUGUUAACUACAGAUGUUAUUUUCUGUAUAAAUUGAAAAACCAUAUGGGAAAAUAGCAUUGGAAAUCUGCCAGGGUAGCCCAUAGGUCAAAAAGGCUAACUCACUUCUGGGUUUUAGGACUACAAACUAACAUUAUAUUGGCAUGCUUUUAAAUAUGAAAAGGAAAUAUGCGCUGCUUAGCACAAAAAUGCAUGUGCACACUAAUGAAUGUAACUUUCUAUUAUAAUCAUUUUCCAUUUAGCAGAAAAGGUAACUGGAGUUAUUCACUAGUUUGCUAGCAUGCUACACAACCCCCAGUGAAAUGCUGCCAACGAGUUGGCAUGAAGGCAUAUGCCUAGCUGUUCCUCACUAAGAAAUUGUGCAUGCGCAUUUGCUAGCCUUAUAAACAAGCUAUUGGGCAUAGCGUACACAUUUUUACACAUUACGUAACAUUCACACAUUUUAUGGGGAGAAAUCUCUGGUGAUUUGAAGGCUUCAUUAACCUCCUGGGCAAGGUCGGAGGAUCUCCUGUCAUCAGUAACGGAUUUGAACCAGCCAUGUAAAGUUUUAUUGUGGGGACAAAUAUUUUUUGACUGGGGGGGGGGGGGGGGGGGGAAGCCAACUUUAGUUAACGGACACACCUUAGCUCCUUGGGAAUCUUGGAUAUUCAAACCUUGGCAUACUUGUGGGCUGCCAUUAUUGUUUUAAAGUGAUUGGCGUUCAAUUGAUGCUGGCCAAAUUUAGAGGGAGUUUACUACUUGUAGUCAACUUGAAAUUUAUAUGCAUUUCUUUUCAUAUAGUUUUGAUUUCUGUAGCCACAUCCAUUUCUCUACAAGUAAUUGAAAAUAUUAAAAUGGUAGGAUCUUUAUAAAUGUCCACUGCACAUAAAGGAAGACUUGAUUAUAAAAUACCCUAUGGUUUCAGCAAUGUGGAACCUUGGUCAAUUUUGUUCCCCUUCAUUUGGCUGAGACUCCCUAGACCAGCAAAUGGAAAACACUUUAGGGCAGUGGUAACCAGUCUUGCCCCUGGAGAUCAGUGGUCCUAUAGGUUUUCACUGCAACCCUAAGAAAGCGCACCUCAUUCAUCAGCUAGAGAUCUUGAGCUGCUAAUUAGUUGAGUUAGAUGUGCCAAAUUAGGGUUGAAGUGAAAACCUUCAGGAUAAUGGAUUUCCAGGAACAGGGUUUAGGGGAUGGUGCCGGUACUGAAAUAUGCUCACCAUAUGAGGAUAUGUAGAAGCCAAAAUAUGUAGUUUUAAUAUAGGUUGUUAAGCUUGCACUGUGUGUAGAGAAAAAUAUACCUAGGAAUACUGUAGGUCUAACUGCAAAUUUUGUGUUUAUUGUUCACGUGCAAAUAUCAGCCUGUCGUGAGCUGCAUUUACAGGCAAUGAAAGUGCAACUAAGCCUUUUGGUAAGGACAUGAAAUAGUGUUUCAGCUAUAACAAGUUGUGCCUGGGAUGGUGAUGAGUUAUCAUCUUUGGAUAAUUGAUAAUGUUAUUCAAAGAAACAGAAUCUUUCCUUUAGCCAGUUCCAGAGACUUCCUGUUGUAUUUUAUUUAUGGUAUAUCAGUGAGCCUAAAGUAUGUUCCCAUACCAAAAAGUGUUCUUUCUUGCCAAUAAAUUGCAUAAUAAAAUAAAAGCUUCUGAAUGACUUUG